AUGGAGGAACGAACAGUUGAACGUACGGUUGAAGAUCGGUCACCACCACCAUACAAUAUCCCCGGCGGACCGGUGCCUGAGAUUAACGUCCCCACCCUCAUGCCGGAAUUUGCACUGUUUGACCGAGCCCUCACCGAAUACGAGACUAGUAGAGCCUCCUUGGGAGACGAGGAUAGUAGUAACACCCUUUGCAAUCAUGACGACCUAGUCACAGAAGACGGGGUCACUAGUUGCUUAGAGUGCGGGGAACAGAUGCAGCGCGUGAUCGCACACGAAAGGGAGUGGGGUUUUUACGGACAUUCCGACGGCAAACGGUCUUCGAAUCCAAGUCGGGUCCAGGUACGUAGGUCUGAGGAUAGAAAUAUUGACAAGGAUGUGGAGAACAUGGGUUUUAGUGGGGUAAUUGUAGCCAAAGCUAACGAGAUAUACACUCAGGUGACGAAAGGCCAGAUUUUUCGCGGCGACCCACGGAAGGCGAUCGUCUUUGCGUGUAUCUACUACGCCUACAAGAUGUCCGGUAAGUGUCAGACACCGAAAACCUUAAUGGAGACUUUUGGAUUGAGCAGGAAGAGUUGCCUUAAGGGUCUAAAAAUCUUCAGUAUUAACAUGCCUAAAGAUUACUUACUACACGGAACGUCUCCCACCGUCGUGGACCACAUUCGCGACGUGAUGGAUAGAUUCUCGGCGUCCCCCGCACAGAAGGGAGAGGUGGUCCAGCUCUACUACAGAUCUGAGAACCGCUCGUCUGAGUUGAAUCGCGCUCGCCCACAAUCCUUUGCGGUCGCUUUAACCUAUUACUGGGUACGGCUAAAGGGGGUCGAUAUUACACUUAAAAAAUUCUCCGAGAGAACGGGCGUCUCCGAGUUAACCAUCAGUAGGAAAGCGAGAGAAGUGGCCACAGUCCUGGGUACGCCUGGUGUGGUAUGA